AUCGUCUCCCUCCCCAAAACUCCCAGAUCAUAACAUCAUUCUCCGGCUAAAUUCCCGAUCGCCCGCUGCAAUCUCUCCGGCGGACCAUCAACAUUCUUCAAUCUAAUCCACCCUUCUCUUCUUUUCUUGGAAUGGAAAUAGCCGUAAUCGAUUGGAAGAGUUUGGAUUCAAGAUUCGUAAAGGACGACACCCUCGAGCAGUUCAACGCCCCGCAGUGGGUGGAUUUCUCCGCCCCAGAUGACUCCAUUGACGACGAAGCUUGGUUCUGCCGGCCCGAUUGCAAUCAUCCCAAGACUGUGGAUGAUUUCUAUAGAGCCGGUGCAACCCCGCCGUCAAAGAAGCUCCAGAGGUCAGCCACUGUUUCUGAGAAUCAUCUGAUUCGGGAGCGAAUUCGAAGGGGGAAAGCUUUCCAGGGGACUGGUUUGAUGAAAGAUGGGAUCUUUGAAGAGGACAGUGAGAACCAAAACCCCAAUUUGAAGACUCCGCCAAGAAACAAAGCUAAGCUGAUGAAAGAGGCAUUCAAGUCAAGCUCAGAGAAGAAGAAGAUGGGCGUCAUUGAGAAAGAACCCACGACUCAGAAGCUGAGAAGCACCCAGUCAGCAAGAAAUCUGUUCUCCGGCGGGGAUUUUCUGAACCGGGUAACCCAGUUCUGUAACGAGCUGAAGAAGUUCGCUGUAAGGGGUUCGGAGAGAGAGAGAGCCGGGGACAAGAAUGUGGAAAAGACUCCAUUAAUGGAGGAGAAGACGCCACUUCAAGAUCUGAGUAUGAAGAAGAAGGAUGAAAGUACUUUAAUGGGGAAGAAGAACAUCCCCAAAGAGAAGCCCAGAAAGAAUCAAAUAAGAAGUGAAAAUGCAGAAAACACACCAAUGAGAAUAGAUGUGACGAAGAACAGUAGUAAGCGGACAGGGGAGGAGAUCCUGUCACAGAUCAGGACCAACCCUCCGACUCCGCAGUGUUUCUCGGAGAGCCGCCGCGGGGGACCCACCAGAGCCACCCCGUCGUCCGGGGCUUUCAGCUCCAGGACCCCUCCCCAUCCUUAUCGGGACAGAGGAGUUCUCCGAGAGCUGGGGAAGAAGGGCGGCGGAAACAGGGAGGAUAAAGGGGACAAAUCUGGAAACAGAGCUAACCAUGGCGGCGGCGGAGGUAUUACGGCGAAUGAAAAUGAAGAAGCAAGAUCAUUGCCGCCGGGAUUAGAUGUGUUCUGGUUCUUAAAGCCUUGCGCGCUUUCUUCAACAUGAACAACACCAUAUAAAACACAGCAUUUCAAUUUCAAUUAUUAGUUGACAAUAAAUAAUGUACUGUAAUUUGUAUGAUGUGGUAUUGAUUUUGUUCAUUCUUUUAUCCUCUUGAUUUUGUUUGUGUUGAUGAAACAAAAUUUCAGUUUUUGCCAUUACUUUUAUGUAUCCGUGCGAGUGUUUAUGAGGCCGAAAUUGGGUGCGAGCUAAAAAAAAAUCUUUUAACAUUAUAAAUUUCAUUGAAAAAAAAAAGAAUUAACAGAAAAACUUGGCUUAAAAUAUCAUUGUUAAUAUAAAGAUUGUAUUAAU